AUGACUAUGAAUGAUUUUUUUAGUUUUUCAGAACUUUUAAAAUCUGCAUUAAAUACAAAAAAGUUCAAUGAUAAUGGAGAGAAGUUUGUGUGGAAAGAUAUCAAGUGGUUGCGUUUCACAAAAAACAUUGGAGUUCUGCUGUAUAAAGAUACUUUAAAUGCUGAUGUACCAUUUAAAACCAUAUCACUUCUUAGAAAAGGACAUGCCCGAAGUAAUCUAUUACCUCCAUUGACUUAUACCAAACCAGUACCAAUUGGCAAUUUCUGUCAAAAAAAAAAAGAUUUGAUUGAGUUACUUCCUCUCAUACCUACAGUAUUUCAUCAUUUUUAUCAAGCAGAUAGUCAAACCUACAGAUAG